CCGCCUGCAGGCGCAUCCUGAUGUGAACUGCCUCUGCAACCCUUUGAAUCGAAUGGCACGGCUGUAAAUAUGAUAAUCAGACAUUUUGCAUUACGGCACGGCCGUCGCGUACUGGCACGAAAUUUUCAGCCCAGAAGAUUUCUAUCCAGUGAGGUGGAUGCCAUCGAAGCUUCCGCAGAAAACAGCACCAAACAGCUGCAAUCCCUUAAGUCGGAGCUCAAUCCCCAUGUGCCUGCGCCAGCAGCCUCAAUUGACCCCGAGACACAUGCCACCUCUCCCUCGACGCAAAUAACCAGCUCUCUUGCGGAGCAGUACCACCUCUUUAAGCAGCAGCAGAAACUGACUGGAAAACUUGGCUCUGAUAUCAGUCCCCACUACCAACCCCACACCCUCCUGAACCACCCCCCUUCGCCUGCCAACGUCACCCUCGAACUUCUCCUUGCAUCCGAGGCACACCAAGGCCAUGCCACCUCGCUCUGGAACCCCGCCAAUGCGCGCUACAUCCAUGGUGUACGGCAGGGCAUUCACAUCAUCUCGCUCGACGUUACCGCAGCGCACCUCCGGCGAGCAGCCAAGGUGGUUCAGGAAGUCUCGAAACGAGGUGGCAUAGUGCUCUUUGUCGGUACACGAGACGGUCAGGACAGAGCUGUGGUUCGCGCGGCAGAGCUCGCUAAGGGGUACCAUUUGUUUGAGCGAUGGAUACCUGGGAGCAUUACGAACGGGCAGCAAAUCCUCGGACGGUGUCAGACCAAGGUAGUGAAUGAGAAAGAUGAGGUGGUCCCUGGCUUCGAGGAACAGCUGUAUGAACGCCCAGUACUGAAACCAGACUUGGUCGUCUGCAUGAACCCCAUGGAAAACUAUGUCCUGCUGCACGAAUGUGCACUUAACAACAUCCCCACUAUCGGUGUCAUUGAUACAAAUGCUGAUCCAACCUGGGUAACGUAUCCCAUUCCGGCAAACGACGAUAGUCUCCGCUGCAUCCAAGUUAUCGCUGGCGUUCUAGGUCGGGCCGGUCAAGCAGGGCAGAAACAACGUCUGGAUGCCGCCGAACGAGGGGACAUAACCUACCGCCCAGCAAAAGGUCUCCGUAUCCCUGGGGAAGAUGAAAACAAGGACUCUUUCCCAGAGGUCGAUGCGGAGGUGAGGAAAAUACUCCACGAGAAAGAAAGUCUCGAGAACGCAGACGAUUUAGCAGACAAACCCGGUACAGCUGCUAACUACGAAAGCGAUGGAAGGAUGGUUCAUGUGACUUCAUGAGAGUACUUUUGUCUUUAUCCCACCUUCGUAGUAUCUAGAUCAUAACGAGCAUUCACAGGAUUGUUGAGCCGCUAGCUACAGGAGACUUUCCCGAGUGCCCCUUAAAUGCAC